AUGGUGUCCGUUUCAACCGACUAUAUCAGUGUGGGAGGAAAUCGGCAUCCAGGAGCUGCCGAUUGGGAUGUCAAGUCAGGUGUAUUCGCCUAUGGUGCAGACAAUAAUGUCGCCUUGUGGGAGCCGCUAGCAAACUCCCAGAGAGGUGUAUAUGCGCUGCUUGUAGGCCACUCCGACAAAGUCAGCGUUGUUAGAUUUUACACCUGCCCCUCCUCAGGAACAAGAUUUCUUCUUUCCGGUUCAAUCGAUCGAUCGAUCAGAGUUUGGAGAAACGAUGAGACCGAUUCGCGCAAAUACACACAUGCUUUCACUCUCGAAGGACACACAGGGUCGUUGAAUGCAAUAGCAGUGGCCGAAGGGACGGACAUUGUUGCAUCCGGAGCAGCAGAUGGAACAGUUCGGAUCUGGAGAAUAAACGGUCAGGAUGGAUUGAAGAGUGAAUUACUCGAAACAAUCAUUAUGAAGCCUCGGUUUUUCCCAUUGUGUCUUUCUUUGCAGGUGCUUGGAGAGGACAAGGUUCGGCCGUUGAUGUUGGCGGUUGCGGGCACUACAACCUCUAUUCAUGUCUUUGUCGCGGAAUCGUCCACUAACAACCCGGAAUUCCAACAUCGAGCUGUGCUUACAGGCCAUGAUGCCUGGAUUAGAUCACUCUCCAUCACACGAGAUAAGCAGAACAACAACAAUGAUAUUCUCAUUGCCUCGGCAAGCCAGGACAAGUAUAUCCGCCUAUGGCGAUUGCAUCUAGGCGAAGCCAAAGCUCCUGCACUUCUUGAUGAGUCUGAUCCUUUACUGGGAGGUAUGGAGCCUACACUUUCGAACAAAGCCCACGAGUUUGAAGCCGGCGGGUUGAAGUACUCGAUCACUUUCGAAGCCCUGCUUUUUGGAAACGAAGAUUGGAUUUAUACGACUUCCUGGAACCCGGAUCCAACUCGAUCACAGUUGCUUUCUGCUUCUGCCGAUAACACAGUCACUAUUUGGGAACAAGACCCAACAUCGGGUGUCUGGAUGUCGAUUGAGAGAAUGGGAGAGAUCAGUGUACAAAAGGGAUCGACCACAGCAACCGGUAGUGCUGGUGGAUUUUGGAUUGGACUCUGGGCGCCCGAUGGCAACCAAGUCGUAAGUCUAGGCCGUACAGGUAGCUGGAGAGUAUGGCGGCAUGACUUGGAUGCGGACAUGUGGGUGCAGCAGUUUGGCAUCUCGGGCCAUAUCCGCUCAGUAAAUGGUAUUCAGUGGGAUCCAAGUGGAGGCUACCUACUCUCUACCAGUGCAGACCAGACUACACGUCUUCAUGCUGAAUGGCUGCGGGACAGCAAGCGCUCGUGGCAUGAGUUUUCUCGCCCUCAAAUUCAUGGAUAUGACCUCAACUGUAUCGACACCUUGGGCUCAUCACAGUUUGUGUCCGGGGCAGAUGAAAAGCUUCUGCGAGUAUUCAAUGAACCCAAGCAGAUUGUGGAGCUCCUUAGCAGACUCACUGGCUUCCAACAAGAUAUUGGAGGCGAUCUUCCUGGCACGGCUGAAAUCCCAGUUCUGGGUCUUUCAAACAAGGCUCAAGGAGAUGAUGGUCCUGUCGAAGGAGGAGAGUUCAAGGGAGCUGCAUCACAUGCACCAGCUCUCUCAAUAGCCACAGAUACUCCGCCUCUUGAGGAUCAGCUAGCUCGUCACACUCUGUGGCCAGAGCAUGAGAAACUCUACGGUCACGGCUAUGAAAUAUCAGCCGUUGCAGUCAGCCACGAUCGCAAGCUGAUAGCCACUGCAUGCAAGGCCAGCUCUAUCGACCAUGCGGUGAUCCGCCUAUACGAUACCUCAGACUGGCAUGAGAUCAAGCCCUCUCUCCCUGCGCACUCCCUUACCAUCACCGACAUUUCUUUCUCCAGUGAUGAUCAGUACCUUCUCAGUGUAGGUCGUGACAGACAGUGGGCAGUUUUUGUUCGAAGUGAGCAGAAUCCGACCAUCUUCACCAGUUUCUUAGCCAACCCCAAGGGACAUUCUCGAAUGAUCCUAGGGGCGGCUUGGGCACCAACUACAAACCGCGUAUUCGCCACGGCAGGACGUGACAAAUCCGUCAAGAUCUGGCAGCAGAGCGAAGGAGAUUUUGUCUGCAGAUCCACUGUACAAUUGGCAUCUGCAGUCUCGGCAAUUGCUUUCCUCUCAGCACCAUACAGGAAUUCCUUCAUUCUUGCUGCAGGUGAGGAUAGCGGUGCUAUUUCUAUCCACCGUAUCACUAGCGACACACUUGAAGUACAACAUGUCGUGACUAUCGACUUGGCCAAUGCACCCUCAAGAGCAAUCACACGACUAUCAUGGCGACCUGUUUCGGCCCUUGAGGUGGACAGCAAGACCCAAUUUGAGCUUGGGGUGGCCAGUGUAGACACUUCAACCCGCAUUUAUACAAUUUCAGAUUUAUGA